GAGAGAGGAAAGAGAGAGAGAGGUUCGUGAAUAUAUGUGCAGGGUCUAAAAGUCUAACAUCCGAGUUUAUUCAGUUGAGUUUAUUAGAAAAACAAAGUUGGCCAUACUUUAAAAAGCAAGCUCUAAAAUCCUGAACAAACCUCAAGCUCAGAUGAAAGCUCACCCUGCGUGUCAUGAAGAAGAAAACUUGAAGAAGAAGUUGAUGAAAAGAAGUUAAAAAUGCUUAGAGGAGAGCACUCUUGGAUGGCAGCAAAUCAUCACAGAGUUGGUGAGACUGGGCUGUCAGAUCCCGGGCCUUCAGCUCAGCCCAUCCCUUAUGGGAUCCAAGCAGUCACACCUGCAUCUGCCACCAAUUUCUUUGGUCAGGAAGGAGCUGCUUAUUUUGGGGAGCUUGAAGAAGCUCUCAUGCAAGGAGUUGUUGAUCAGGACAAGAAGCCUUUUUUCACCACGAGACCCCCUCCCACUCUUGAGAUCUUCCCCUCUUGGCCAAUGAGAUUUCAGCAGACCAACAGGGGUAGUUCACAGUCAGCAGAAGAGAGCACAGAGGACUCAGGAUCAGCUCAACACACGGUCUCUCAGCUCGAAUCAGAGUCUCCAUUGAGCAAUAGUACUCAUAAUAACAAUAAAGCUUCAUCAGAGCAGUCCUCUGAACCGAAGGAGAUAAUGGCGAGCGCAGCAAAUCAUCAGCCCAAGCCCCAAGACAAGAGGAGGAUGGCUGGUUCAGCUGCAGAGAAAGAAGGAAAGACACUAGAUGCCAAGACAUUAAGACGCUUAGCUCAAAAUAGAGAGGCAGCAAGGAAGAGUAGGCUUAGAAAGAAGGCCUAUGUACAACAACUAGAAUCCAGUAGAAUGAAACUUGCACAGUUAGAACAGGACCUCCAACGGGCUAGAUCGCAGGGUCUUUUCUUAGGAGGAGGCAAUGCAGCUGGAAACAUCACCUCUGGUGCAGCAAUGUUUGAUAUGGAAUAUGCUCGAUGGUUAGACGAGAACUACAAGCACAUGACAGAGCUUAGAGGAGGUUUGCAGGCUCAUUUGCCUGAUGGAGACCUUAGGAUCAUAGUAGAUGAUUGCCUUGCACAUUACGAUGAAAUCUUUCGAUUCAAGGGAAUUGCAGCUAAAUCCGAUGUAUUCCAUCUCAUAACUGGAUUGUGGGCUACUCCUGCUGAGCGCUGUUUCAUUUGGAUGGGUGGAUUCAAACCCUCCGAUUUGCUCAAGAUUCUGAUGCCUCAGCUGGAUCCUCUGACAGAACAACAGCUAAUGGGAAUCUGCAGCCUCCAGCAAUCAUCGCAACAGGCAGAGGAGGCACUAUCUCAGGGCCUUGAGCAACUUAAACAGUCACUGGCGGAUACAAUUGCGGGUGGAUCUCUAAGUGAAGGUGCUAUUAUGGAGAAUUAUAUGGGACACAUGGCAAUGGCACUAGGAAAACUGGCAAACCUUGAAGGAUUUCUUCGACAGGCUGAUAAUCUGAGGCAACAAACCCUACAUCAAUUACACCGCAUCUUGACAAUUAGACAAGCAGCAAGGUGUUUUCUGGCAAUCGGAGAAUACUACAGUCGCCUUCGUGCCCUCAGCUCUCUCUGGGCCUCUCGCCCCCGCGAGAACAUGAUUGCAGAGGAGAGCGCUACAGGUCUACAAGUAAUUCAUCAGCCAGCGGUGCACAGUCAUUUUUCGGCAUUCUGACUGAACUAUUUGCAAAGAUAAAAAAAUGUCAUCAACGUCAGAUUUCCAUUUGAUUUGUAUUGAGAGAGAGAGAGAGAGAGGGAGAUCUUGGUAGUGAUAUGAAGAUUGUUCUAAUGUUGCUGAAAUAGAUUGCACUUAGCAAAAAGCAGAGGGAAAAGGGGGGCUUUUGAAUAAGAUGAUGGUAGGGCUUAGGAACCAAAGUAAAGCAGGGAAAGUAUGUAACUUUUUUUUAUGUCAUAAUUAGGUAAUUGAUGGUCUUAA